AUGACUCUAACAGCUUUACAGAUAGUAGCUAUUUGGGUUGAUGAAUUUAGUAGAAGUUACGAUCUUUUGGCUUAUCCACUUUUAUUUUCUCAUACUCCCAAUGAAGAAGAUGAUUCAGAUCAGGAAAAUGAUGUUAUUCUAAAGUGA